CACAGAACCCGCUAGUCUCUCCGUCCGGCAACCGAAACCAUGGCGCUCGCUAUCGCUUCCAACACCAUCGUGGCCAAGUUCACCAAGAAGGCCCCCGCCAAGAAGGCUCCCGCCAAGAAGGCCGCCAAGUCGGUCUCCCGCGGCGUCAAGCGCCAGGGCAACGUGGGUCCCAACCGCACCCUGUGGAACGGAUGGGAGGCCAACCCGGAACCCCCCGCGUACCUCGACGGUACCCUCCCCGGCGACGCUGGCUUCGACCCCUUCGGCCUCUCCGCGCCCACCGAGUACCUCCAGUUCGAGCUCGACUCGCUCAACGGCUCCGCCGCGGUUAACAAGUCCGGCAACGUCAUCGGCAAGCUCAAGAAGGUGGACAACAAGCCCACCGAGCGCACCAUCGUGCCCUUCAACGAGGCUUUCGACAUCGUCCGCUUCCGCGAGUGCGAGCUCCAGCACUCCCGCUGGGCGAUGCUCGGCCUUCUCGGCGCCGUCGUCGCCGAGGGCCAGACCGGCAUCUCCUGGGUCGACGCCGGCAAGGUGCUCAACGAGCAGCCCUCCUACCUCGGCUUCGACAUCAACGUCCCCGUGACCACCCUCGUGUGGAUUGAGGUGCUCGCCAUGGGCUUCGCCGAGGUUAAGCGCUCCGCCGAGCUCGACUCCAACAAGCGCUGCUACCCCGGCGGCUACUUCGAUCCCCUCGGCUUCGCCUCCUCCGCGUCCCCCGAGGCUCUCUUCAAGCUCCAGACCGCCGAGCUCAAGCACGGCCGCCUGGCGAUGAUCGGCAUGCUCGGCAUCUCCAUCCAGGCGCUCAAGAACGGCCUCUCCCCCCUCGAGGCCAUCAACGCCCUCGGCAACUAAAUGUUCCCGCGUCGUGCACGUGCGAAACGUUAGGUGUUAGUGAACUUUAGGGCGCGGCGGCUCGGCUGGGUCGCGCGUUCAAUGUUCGAAUUAGAGGGUUAACAAAAUCGGCUGGGACGCUUCCUGGUGGGAGCGUGGAGGUCUUGGGAGAAGCUUGUCACAUUUGUAACGGCGGAUACGCUUUCAAACGGAUUA